AAUAUCAAGUUUAGUACAGUUAAAGAAAAUAAUCCAGCAAUCAAAGAUGACCCACAAUUAGGCCCCUGCUUUGGUAAACAAGAUAUUCAUAUGACUGAUGAUUUUAACAAACGUGGAAAUUGCACCUCCCAAUCUUCAAGUUUCGAAAAUAUUAUAUCAGCAAAAAAUUUUUCUAUUAUUGAAUAUGAAGUUUUUCAAGUUGUUUAUAAAAGAAAUAAUGAAAAUAGAUGGAUUGCAUUUAUGAAUCCUAAAUAUUUUAAAAAUGAUAAGUAUAUUGGACCGGUUUAUGAAUAA